UAUGAUGAUAAUGUUAUGUAUUUUGCCCUUUACCCAAUCUAGCUAGGUGUCAUCUUGGUAUAAAGAUUCCUGGUUUUUUUUUUUCUUUUAUAUUGUUUGAAAGUUUUCGUUCACUUUAAUGAAUGUGAUCAGUAAUUAACUUGCGUUUGGAAGUAUCUAUAGACCUUUUCUUGAAGUAUAAUAGAGCUAGAUCUCUGGAAAAACAUUUGGUUAAUUCAGUCCAGUUUAAUUCUCUGAACUAUGAUGUUUUCUUUUUCUUUGUACUUCUAUACCGAUCCCGAAAAGAAAAUGUGGGAGAGAGAGAGAGAGAGGAGGCUGUAUAUGUUGCAUGCUCAGCACUAUAGAGUGUGAAAACUGUCAUUGAAAUUUUUGAUCAUUCAACCAUAUAGUGUUAUAAUUUAGUAGUAGUAAAAGGAAUGGUGGUGGUGGUGGCAUGGUGGGUGUGUGAAAACGUUUUUCCACCACCAAAUCAAGAGCAGAGAGUGCACUGCACUCAAAGGAACAUAUAACAUGCUUGUGCCAGCAAAGUCAAGCUUUUCGGCCAACUUUUGUGUUCAAUAUACUUUGCUCAAGUUCAUGCAACAAAAGGCAAAACAAAAAUAUGGGUUUUACUUAGCUCCUCAUGAAAAAAAUCUAUGUUUUUGUUUGGUGGGUUACCACAAAUUGUCUGCCAUUUUUAUCUAAUAAAAAUGACAUAUAAUUGUGGUUGAUAUAUGUAUAUCUCUGAAACACAUGCAGGACCACUUCACUUCACUUCAAAGGACCCACCAAAAAUUAACACCAUCAUAUAGCUAUAUACUCCGAGUUAUGAUCUAGAUAGAGUGAUGAGGAUAUUGGAUAGUUUGGAAAUGAUCAUCAUGACAUUAACAGCCUAGGGCAAACUUUGUGUGGAAAAAACCUUCAAUCUCACCUCUUACUUUUAUUUAGAACUUUUUGCCAUUUCAUUACAUUGAAGAGUCAUAACAUGAGACUGAAGAAUAUCAAUGGAGAUGGAAUCGUGUGUUCCUCCAGGCUUUAGAUUUCACCCAACAGAGGAAGAACUUGUAGGUUACUACCUCAAGAGAAAGAUUAACUCAUUGAAAUUUGAUUUAGAAGUUAUUGUUGACAUUGAUCUGUACAAAAUGGAGCCAUGGGAGAUCGAAGCAAGGUGCAAGCUAGGGUAUGAUGAACAAAAUGAAUGGUACUUCUUCAGCCACAAGGACAGGAAGUAUCCGACCGGAACACGGACCAACAGAGCAACUGCUGCCGGAUUUUGGAAGGCGACCGGAAGGGACAAGGCUGUCCUCUCAAAGAACAAACUCAUUGGGAUGAGGAAGACCCUUGUGUUCUACAAAGGACGUGCACCUAAUGGAAGGAAAACUGACUGGAUCAUGCAUGAAUAUCGACUCCAGACAUCUGAGCAUGGACCCCCUCAGGAAGAAGGAUGGGUGGUUUGCCGAGCAUUCAAGAAACCAAUUCCUAAUCAAAGGCCCGGUUUUGAAGCUUGGAACCAUGCGUAUUAUACCAACAACAUUAACAACCAUGUCAGGCCUCCAUUUUCAUCAGCAGACACUGUAACCGCUACUGCUACACAAAUGAUUCAUCACCAAAAUCAGAGCACAAGUAGUAAUUUUCACCACCCUUUGAUCAGCUCAGAACCAGAGCUAGUUUCUGGCAGCCAUACAACAUUAAUCUUGGACAAUAACCAGCUCAUUGAUCUUCCUCAACUUGAUAGCCCUCCUAGUACACUUUCAACAAGUUUCGCGACAAGAAAGGGUUAUCAUCAUAACAGCCAAAGCGGCGUUGGAAAUGAAGAUUUCGAGGAAGAAAGGAGUAAUAACAGUACCCAGUUCAUUGAUUGGAAGAAUUUGGAUAGUUUACUAGCUUCGCAAGUGAGUGAUACUGGUUCACCAUUUGCCAUUCCAAGCUUGCAGUCUAUACCGCAAGGCUAUGAUCUUGAAGGUCAAAACCAUAUUAGUCAUUUUCUUGAUUGCUUUCCUGAACCAUAACUACAUCAAGAAUUAAAGAAAAAGAAGGACAGCCUCACUAAUUACCAUGUUGUUGCAUAUUCAUAUAUCCAUUUUAAUUAGAAGUUAUUCAAGAAGUUGCAUAUGAUAAUCAUGUAUGUAGCCAAAAGAAGAUAUGAUAUUAGAGAGAAUUCACAUGCAAAUUGAAUCUCUCUUUCUCACUCUUCUAUAAGUCUAUAGAGUCAUGGGGUGAAGCUUUUAAUUCACCUUUUUUUUUUUUUUCUUUUUCUUAUGUAUAAUUGCUCUAAUUUGAAAAUUCACUGUCUGAAGACGAGUCCAGUACUAAUUAAACUAUACUUUGUUUUUUUUUUUUUGUUUUAAAUCGAUCACUUUUGGUUUAUUAUGUUUAUUUUCAUAAUUGUAAAUUGUUGACUAUUGCAUGCUUAUCAUGUACUUAUGAUCUUGAUUUGUCAUAAUGUUGGAUUCUGAACUAAUAAUACUGUUUCCCUAGCAGUCUUUUUUAGUACUUUAUUCAUUAUUUUGAUUACAAAAAUUCUUGCAACACUUUGUUUUCUCAUUACUAAUGUAUUUUUACUGUUUCUUUUUCAUACUUAUUUGAUCGUUUUUGUAGCAUCUUUUGUUCUUCUUUAGAGCCGCAAUUUUGCACUCUUGAGAUAUCAGCAAUAAUUGUUCUUUUAUCUUUUAAUUUAAUAUUUACUCUUGUGAAUGUUUAGUUAUAAAACUCUAUAACGAAAAUCUCUAUACUAUUUUCGGUAUAU